GUGCUGCAAUUAGCGGCAGGAGGACUGUGUUCUCCUUUCACUGUCAAAAAAAAACAAAACAAAAAAAAAAACAAAACAAGUUGGUGUCAUGAUGUUGAACUUUUCCCAAACAGUAUUUGUUUAGCGUUAAUAUUUAACUGAAAAAGAACGACAGACACUGAUAUUUCUUCCACACGCCCUGUCACAAACACGUGGUGAAGUAUUUUCCGAGCGUCAGUGAAGGCAGCAGCAGCAUGGCGGCUGUGAAAGCAGCGAAACAAGCUCUGAGGAGACAGAUCAAAGCCCGCGUGGCUACGCUGAGCGUGGAGGAGAAGAGGAGACAGUCCUUGGUAGUUUCAGAGAAGCUGUUCAGAAACCCCAGGUAUGCGUCAUCAAAGCGGAUCGCGGUGUUUCUCAGCAUGGAUGAUGAAGUGUGCACACAGGAGAUCAUCAAAGAUGUGUUCAGAUGGGGAAAAAGCUGCUUUAUCCCCAGAUAUGAGCUUAACAGCUCCCACAUGGACAUGUUGAAGCUUAACAGUCUGCAGGACAUGGAAACGCUGCCUCUGACGUCCUGGAACAUCCGACAGCCAGCUGAGGAUGACCACAGCCGAGAGGAAGCACUGGCCUCAGGAGGCCUGGACCUGAUCUUGAUGCCGGGUCUGGGCUUUGACCAGUCUGGGAGACGUCUGGGACGAGGGAAGGGAUUCUACGAUACGUACCUGCAGCGCUGCAGCAGACAGGGCGGAGGGAAACCUUACACCAUCGCCUUGGCCUUCAGAGAGCAGAUCUGUCAGGAAAUCCCAGUCGACGGCAAUGACGUGCUGAUAGAUGAAGUCCUCUAUGAGGAUCUCCAGUAACCAGCUAGUUACAGCUUGUUACCAGCUAUUUACUCAACAAUGCCACAGCUAACUAAUGUUUAAUAACUAUAAUAAAUAUACUAACUAAAAGAAGGAGAUGAAGUCACUGGUCUGCAGCCGUCAAAGUGACUUCCUUCCUGGGACCAGUUUAAAUCUUCACUGCUGAAUAUUGAUGAUAUUUUAUUAAUAAAAAAUAUUAUUAACUCUGA